CAAUUCCAACCAAUCAUUGCUGUUGAUAAGCAUAGUUGAGCUAGGCAAAUUAGGCAAUUGAAAAUUAACAUACACUCGUAUUGUUUCUGAACAGCCUCUGUGCUCAGUUUACGGUUUUGUGAUAUUUUAUAAUGUCUUCAUUGUGUUGUGGUAAUUUAUACGAGACUGCUCAGUCUGCGUUGGCCAAAAACGAUUUAAAAUGCCUUAAUGAGCUUUAUUCUCGUUUAUUGGUCGACGUUCGACCUAUGUUUACUAACGAGCAGCUGUUAGAUAGAAUUUAUGACCCCGACCAUACUCUGUGUCGAAAUUUUGGAGCUGAAAUAUAUGUGCCAAAGCACGCUCAUGACGGAAAGACUUGUACUGCAAUAAGAUCUGAAGCUUCUGGCAAUUGCCUCUACAGUUCAGCUUCCCUAGUUCUGGGAGAAAGUUAAGGGUAUGGAUAAUUCUGAAAUAUGUCAUUUGAUAAAAAAUGUAUAUAAACCAGAUAAAAAGUAUCAUUUUCCUAAAUCUAAUGGCAGAUCAUUUAGGCAUGAUUGGCUAGACCAGCAUGAAUGGCUUUGCUAUUCACCUUCACAAAAUGGUGCGUAUUGUCUAUCGUGUGUGUUGUUUGGCAAUAGAUUCCCAGGCAAGGCCAGUAAAGUAAAAAAGUUGUUUACUGAACCUCUUCAAGAUUGGAAGAAUGCAAAAUGCUCUUUCACUCAACAUGCUGGAAAAAGUAAAAGGAGGGAAGUCGGUUUGCAUGCAUCCACAUCACCAAUUUUUGAUGCUUUGCGUUCCCAAAUAUCAGGUACUCUGCAGCCUAUCGAGAUGAUCAUGGAUGCUGGUAACAAGAAAGAAAUAGAACAGAAUAGGGAAAUACUAUCUCCAAUUAUUGAUUCUGUCAUUUUUUGUGGACGUCUAGGUUUACCUCUUCGUGGGCAUCGUGAUGAUUCCAAGUAUCACCCUACUGUUGGUUGUUAUUCAUCUGGAGGGGUUGGUAAUUUCAUUGAAACACUCAAUUAUGGAGUUAGGAGAGGGGAUAAAGUUUUAGAAAAUCAUUUAAAGAAUUGUGGUAAGAAUAGAAGUUAUAUUUCUAAAACAAGUCAAAAUAAAAUCAUUAAAUGUUGUGGCCAGGUAAUCAGUAAUCAGAUUAUUUCUGAUAUCAAAAAAAGUAAGUUUUUUUCUGUUAUUGCUGAUGAAGCAUCUGAUUCUUCACAUAAAGAACAGUGUGAUUCUAGUUAAAAACCUAUUCCCCAAAAUUUGUGUUAAUAUUUCACCUGAUUUUUGAAAGAAAGAAUAAACCAUUUAGCAACAUAAAACAUUAGUUAUAUUACAUCCGUGUAAUGUUUCCUUCUUCAACUUAAGUACGUAGUAUUUUUAAAGGAACCCAUUUGCGGAUUUCCCAUUUGAAGAAAAUGGCGUCAAGUUUCACUUCGUGAAGAGCGGCUGUAAAGUGCUACCUAAGCGCUUGGUGAAAAAAUAAAUAAAACUGAUAAGCUCACUGAAGAGUCUAU